CGAUGUUCCGCCUUCUCUCUCGCCCCCUCCGUGCCACCACCCUACUCCGCGCCCCGAUACACAGAACGAUGGCCAACACUCCGGACUUCAACAAGGGCCUCUACGCGCCCCUUGCAGAGAUUGAUCCUGAGGUGCAGAACAUCAUCGACAAGGAGACAUGGAGGCAGUUCUCUGGCCUCGAGCUCAUCGCGUCUGAAAACUUGACGAGCCGCGCGACGAUGGAGGCCAACGGCUCGAUUCUCACUAACAAGUACUCGGAGGGUCUCCCCAACGCACGGUACUACGGCGGCAACGAGUAUGUCGACGAGCUCGAGCUCCUCUGCCAGAAGCGCGCUCUCCAGGCGUUCCACCUCGACCCCGCUCAGUGGGGUGUCAACGUCCAGCCUUACUCUGGUUCUACGGCGAACUUUGCGGCCCUCACUGCUCUCAUUCAGCCCCAGGACCGUUUGAUGGGUCUUGGUCUUCCGGAUGGCGGUCACUUGACGCACGGGUACUACACCGCGAAGAAGAAGAUGACUGCGUCUUCCAUCUACUUCCAGUCCUUACCCUAUUCACUCGACCCCGAGACGCAGCUUAUCGACUACAAGGGCGUCGCCAAGCUGGCCAAGAUCUACAAGCCCCGUCUGCUUAUCUGCGGUGCCUCCGCGUACCCCCGCGACUGGGACUACAAAAUUCUCCGCGAGAUCGCCGACGAGCAUGGCGCGUACCUCAUGGCUGACAUCGCGCACACCAGCGGUCUCGUCGCCGCUGGGGAGCUCGCGGAUCCCUUCCAGUAUUGUGACGUCGUCACCACCACUACGCACAAGACUCUCCGCGGUCCGCGUGCUGGUCUCAUCUUCUUCAAGAGGGAUUCGGACAAGGCGAAGGACCUCGAGAAGCGCGUGAAUGACGCUGUGUUCCCUGCGUGCCAGGGUGGUCCUCAUAACAACACCAUCGCUGGUAUCGCUACUGCCCUCCACCAGGCAUGCCAACCUACCUGGAAGGCGUACGCGAAGCAGGUCAUUGCGAACGCAACGACGCUCGGCAAGGAGCUCGUCGCCCGCGGCUACAAGCUCCAGACAUCCGGCACGGACAACCACCUCGUCCUCUGGGACCUCCGCCCGCUCGGCCUCACUGGCUCGAAGCUUGAGAAGCUCUGCGACAUCGUCGGCAUCACCAUCAACAAGAACGCCGUCUCAGGUGACACGAAUGCCCAGGUCCCCGGCGGCAUCCGCCUCGGCACCGCCGCGCUCACGUCGCGCAACAUGACCGAGGACGACAUGAAGGUCGUUGCGGACUUCCUCCACCGCGCCGUCCAGCUUUCGCUCACGCUCCAGAAGGAGGCGGGCAGCAAGCUCCUCAAGGACUUCGUCCGCGUCGCGACCACGCCCGCGGAUGGUAAGGUGGGCGCGCAGCAGGUCGCCGGCCUCCGCAAGGAGGUCCGCGAGUUCGCGCGCAGGUGGCCCCUCCCCGGCGUCGACGUCUCGACGCUCACUCGUCCUGCCGGCAUCGAGGCGGAUGAUUAGGGGUCGAACACUUUGGCUUGCUCGCGUUAGAGAUGUCAGGGGGGCGAUUGGUCGAUCUGUUUGUAUCAUAUGUGUGUAGAGGAGAGAGGGUAGCGUUUGCUUUGGAUCAUGCCGGUUAGGACAGUAGAGGUAAAAUAGUCAGUGUCGGGUAUUCAACACGCCCCGGCCUUCCCAGACUUUCAACAUAUCUGGGUUGUUCAUGUAUCAAUAGAUUCCACUCUAUAAUUCGCAAUGCACAUUGUAACAGCGUUCUU